AUGGCCAUUGGCAACAUCUACGUUAUUGCAGGUGUCGCCGUCAUCGGCGGGGGCCUGUUUGGAUUUGACAUAUCGUCGCUGUCAGCCCAGCUCGGCGAGCAGUCGUACAAAUGCUACUUUAACCAGGGUCCGGACGGCCCGCCGUUCAACGAUAACCUGUUCAUUGGAUCGACCAUCAUCUGUGCAUCUCAGAACAUCGGCAUGCUCAUCGUCGGCCGCGUCAUCAACGGAUUCUGCGUCGGAAUCGAGUCGGCCCAGGUUCCCGUCUACAUCGCCGAGCUGUCCCCGCCGUCGAAGCGCGGUCGAUUCAUAGGCAUGCAGCAGUGGGCCAUCACAUGGGGCAUCCUCAUCAUGUACUACAUCUCGUACGGCUGCUCCUUCAUCGGCGACAAUUAUUCUUCCACCGCCUGGAAGGAGGCAUCCUGGCGCGUCCCGUGGGGCCUCCAGAUGAUCCCUGCCUUUUUUCUCUUCUUCAUGAUGAUGCUGCUGCCCGAGUCGCCUCGUUGGCUCGCCCGCAAAGACCGCUGGGAGGAGUGCCACUCUGUCCUUGCCCUCGUGCACGGAAAGGGGGAUGCCAACCACCCAUUCGUCGCCUUUGAGCUGCAGGACAUCAAGAAUAUGUGCGAGUUUGAGCGCCGUCACGCCGACGUCACCUACCUGGACCUCUUCAAGCCGCGCAUGAUUCACCGGACCUUCAUCGGCCUCUUCACGCAAAUUUGGUCGCAGCUGACUGGCAUGAACGUGAUGAUGUACUACAUCGCCAACGUCUUCAGCAUGGCCGGCUACUCGGGCAAUGCCAACCUCCUGGCAUCCUCGAUUCAGUACGUCAUCAACGUCCUCAUGACCAUCCCCGCCAUUCUCUGGGUCGAUCGCUGGGGUCGUAGGCCGACGCUGCUCGUCGGAUCCGUUCUGAUGGCCACGUGGAUGUACACCAACGCCGCCAUUCUGGCCACCAAGGGGGAGAUUGUCCCCGGCGGUAUCGAUGGUGUCGCCGCCCAGUCCAUGCGGCUCACGGGCGCGCCUGCCAAGGGCCUCAUUGCCUGCACCUACCUCUUCGUAGCCUCGUUUGCCCCAACCUGGGGGCCCGUCUCGUGGACGUAUCCUCCUGAGCUGUUCCCCCUACGUCUUCGCGGCAAAGGUGUGGCCAUGUCGACGUCGGGCAACUGGGCCUUCAACACGGCCCUCGGCCUCUUCACGCCGCCGGCAUUCGCCAACAUCAAGUGGAAGAGCUAUCUCAUCUUCGCCAUCUUCAACACCGUCGCCUUCUUCCACGUCUUCUUCCUCUUCCCCGAGACCGCGGGAAAGACGUUGGAGGAGACGGAGGCGAUGUUUGAGGACCCCAACGGCAUCAUGUAUCUGGGCACCCCGGCUUGGAAGACGCGCGUGGCCACCGAGUCAAUAAACCGUGCCGAGCAAGGGGACAUUGAGGCUGUCAUGGGAGCCACGGAACGGAAGCUCUCGGCAGAUCUUCCAGAAGACCAGGAGAAGCCCACACCGCCCGCCUAG